AUGGACCGAGACUCUAUCACCGUUGGCGAGGAUGAUCUGACCACUCCUCAGAACGAGAAAGCACAAAGACCGAGUCAUACCAGCAGCGACACAAUCGUAGCUGUUCUCGACGACAGCAUUCCCCAUAAGGACUCGCCAGACUCUGAACCUGUUGUUGUUCUUCCAACCCCGUACACGGUCCACACGCAAGGCGCGAAGCGGCUGAUCGUUGCGAGCGCCGCCUUCAGUGCUCUGUUCGCCUCGUGGACGGCGCAGAUCUACCUGCCGGCGCUCAAGAUAGCAGCCGAUGACCUGCACACGUCGGUUCAAAAGAUCAACCUCACGGUCACUAGUUACAUGAUCUUCCAAGGGGUAUCGCCCAUCUUCAUUGCCGGCUACGCAGACACCUCCGGACGACGACCAGUCUACAUCACAUGUUUUAUCCUCUAUAUCGCCGUCAACAUAGCCCUCGCUCUUUCAGACAGCUAUGGCAGCCUCUUCGCAUUCCGGAUUCUCCAGUCCGCCACUAUAUCAGCAACCCAAGCGCUCUGUCAGGGCGUCGUUGCCGACGUUGCCACGAGCUCGGAACGAGGCCAGUACACGGCUUUCCUAGCCCUCCCGGUCACGCUGGGACCGAGCAUCGGGCCCGUCAUUGGCGGUGCCAUAGCGACGUAUCUGGGGUGGCGGAAUAUCUUCUGGUUCCUCACAAUAUGCGCCGUCAUCAACCUCGGGAUCCUGUUCUGCUUCUUCCCGGAGACGUGCCGCACAGUCGUAGGUGACGGUUCCAUCCUCCCGCGAAAGCGGAACCAGACGGUGCGACAGCUGCUCCAGAACCGCAAGAAGAAGAGCGGCUCCGACCCGGAGAACACCAUCACGAUAACUGCGAGCCUCGAGGCCGCCGCACCCAAACCUGCUUCCGCCUGGACGCGCUUCCGCACGUCCCUCCUCCUACUCGUCGAGAAAGAGCUCAGUCUCCUGUUCUUAUACGGCGGGCUCCUGUUCGCCGGUGUCUACGCCGUGGCCACGGCGGUGCCCAGCCUCUUCGCCGACAUCUACGGCUUCGACGGUCUCAAGAUCGGCCUGAUAUACCUGCCGCUGGCCGCCGGCUCCAUAGUUUCUGUGGUCCUGACCGGGAAGGCCUUGAACUGGAACUUCCAGCGCCACGCCAAGAGGCUCGGACUGGAGGUGGACAAGGACCGGCAGAUGGACCUCAUCGACUUUCCGAUCGAGAAGGCGCGCAUCGAGGUUGUCAUCCCGCCGCUCAUCCUUAGUUUCGUCGUGAUCACGGCCUGGGGGUGGGCGCUCGAUACCCAGGUCUCGAUCGGGAUCAUCUGUGUCCUGGUGUUCCUGCUCGGCCUGGGACUCGUCAGCGUGACGAGCGUCUUCAACGCGCUCAUCGCGGAUAUCCGGCCUGGAAAGACGGGCGCGGCGGCCGCGGGAAAUAAUAUCGUCAAGUUCCUCCUCAGUGCCGCCAUGUCGGCGUCCAUCAACCCACUCAUCCAGGCCACGGGGCCGGGUAAGGCGUACUCUAUCAUAGCGACCUUUUACGUUCUCUUAUCCCCCCUGUUGUAUCUCGUUGUCAGGAACGGGAUGAAGUGGCGGAGGCAACUACGAGACAAAGAGGGAGGGAGGGAAUGA